AUGAGUUUCGGCAGGCGAUACUCAAUAAGCAAGCCGGCCGAGGACAACGAUGAAAUGCCGGUCAUGGGUGGCGCCGUUCCUCGCCAGAAGGUAUCCGGGAGCUGCAAAUCCAUCGACCGCUACGGCGACACCGACGUCGAUCUUGUGCGAAAUCGGUCCUACAGCGACGAGUACUUCAAGCGCGUCGCGAGAGAUCUCAAGUCCAUCCCAUGCCUGCUACUUCUGGGCAACAUCUUCGCGUUCGUUUUUCUCAUCAUAUGGUCGAACAUUGCCAAGCACCUUCUGACCUCGGCGAUCGAGACAACGAUGGCACCACCUAUGGAGACGACUCCAUCGCUCAUCAGGUCCAUCAGGGAUCAUUACACGUGUAAUAAACCCAGGUGUGGAGCAGCGGGACACGCCUUGGCCUACAGCAUCAACACCACAGCUGACCCGUGCAGAGACAUCGUUGAGCACGUCUGUUCCAACUGGCUAUUGUCGUCCGAGGAAAACUACCAGAAGGUGAUUCUUGGCUCAGCAAGGCUCUACCUCGAGGACAUGUACAGGGAUAUAAAACGCUAUCUAGAAAAAAUGAACAUCCAUGCCAAUAGACCAGACGCAUCGCAGAAAGUAGCCAUGGUCUACCACCAUUGUUUGAAUGCAAAGCUUACUUUGCAAGACCUUAUAAAUGUUAUGAGGAAAUACCAGCUUCAAGGAUGGCCUUUCAGUAAUAUUGUAGAAACAAAUUUCCUUGGUCUUCUUCCGAAGGUUUUACAGAAGACGAUGAUAGAGCCAAUACUGUCGGUUCGUACAUCGCGACACUUGCAAAAGCCCUUGACAGAGAAUCGUAUUGCCACCCCCGACGAAGACGAGAUUCUUCUGACUUUAGAUUGCCCCACAUUCACAAUUCCCAGACAUAAGCUAAUCAUGAGCCAGGGAGAAGCAAUGACAGCAUAUAAAACGUACCUUCGCAGAUCUAUUUCACAUUUUACAGGCACGAACGUCCCUCAUCAUGAGGCAAUUUUGAAGUUUGAACUUAGCAACGCGAUUAUGGUAAGGAAUUUGUGCCAUCGACGACCGCUGAAAACGCUGUCCCUCUCAACUCUGCAAUCAGAAAUUCCCAAGGUUUCAUGGAAAUUAUUUCUACAGUCUAUUAUCGGCGAUGAUUCAAGCGUGAUCCUCAAACCGGAAACUCGAGUGCUUGUUCGUUCGGAAAAUUAUCUUCGGUAUUUUGCGAGCCUGAAACAAGCUCCGAAAGAUCUUCAGGCUGUCAACUAUGUUGGAUGGAGGCUUCUGGACUACUAUGGACGCCAAACCCUAAGAGAAAUGACGGAAGACCAUGACGCCUUUCUGCGCAAAGCUUUCAAAGAGUCCAUUGAGCCCAUGUGGAAAAAGUGUCUGAUGACCACAAACGACAUAAUGCCAAUGGCCAUGGGUAGAGUCUACGUAGAUGCCAUAAUAAAAAUCGACACGUUCCUUGCGGCUCAAGAACUUGUAUCGAAGUUGAAAUUCGGCUUCAAAUACUUGCUAUCUCGAGCGUAUUGGCUUGACAAAGAGCAGAAGAGCAGGGCCUACAAAAGAAUUGGUGAUAUGAAAACUAUGAUAGGUAUCCCACCGUGGAUUUCGAAUGACUCGACGCUUAACGAGUACUAUCAAAACUUCACCCCCCACGGAAAUUAUCUGACCAUUUUUUCAAGUGCCGCGGAGCACACUGCGAAAUUGCGCUUUCUCACGUUGGCCAUACAACAGGAAAAGUAUAAAUUUACGAAGGCGCAUCCCAAAACACCGAAUGGCACCGGCGCAACCUUCUCGCACAUGCUCCUCGGGGUCAACGUGAGGCAUUUACAUUCGUUCAUCUUUCCCGCAAGGGUUGUCGACCUCCACCUCCACCAUCAAAAUCUGAGGCAGUCCCUCAUCUAUGAUGUGAACGAGAACGCGCUACUCUUGCCGGCAGGUCUUCUGCAGCCUCCGUUCUUCGAUCCGAACGUACCACACGCUCUAAACUACGGCGGUCUAGGUGUCUUAAUGCUCAACGAUAUGAUUCGGGAGUUUUUUCGUUUCUUCUUUAACGACAACAAGAAUACUUGGCGGUCUGCCGUCAAGUGCAUUACCGACCGGGUCUACCGGAAGGAAGACUCGCAGAGCGGCAGCCUGGAAGAAAGCUACAAGGUUUUCACGGUCAUAUUUACGAUGAUGACACUGAGGACCGCGUACAACGCGUACCACUACUACCUGGACAUGGACGACGACUUCGUCAUUCCUGGUCUCAAAGGCACAACCAACCCUGACCAGCUCUUCUUCUUGUCAGCCGUGAGGACCUUGUGUAGCCAGGUUAGGGACGAGCACAGGGCCCUGCUGAUCAUCAACGAGGGAGUAACGCUGAUGAAAAAAGUGAAAGCCGCCUUACAGGGACUGGACGAGCUUCAGGACGCUUUUAACUGCCGCAACGAGAAGAGGAAUUCCUACGUCUACUGCGUUGAGACCAAGGGAGAUGCAGCGGAGGAUGAUUAG